GUCAUGAGGCACUUCAUAAGUUCACAGAACCUGAUCCUGCAGUAAUCUGUGAAUAUUGUAAUACUGUUCAAACCAUUAGUCAAGGCUGUUCAAUGGCGCCUCUGCGGAUCCUGUGCAUUCACGGUUACCGGCAAAACAGCGGCUCUUUCCGAGAGAAAACCGGAGCUCUGCGGAAACUGCUGAAGAAGAGCGUGGAGCUGGUGUUUAUGGACGCGCCUCUGAGCGUGCAGCCCCCGGACACCGGCACCGUGUCCCCAGACAAAGAGAGCAGCUCAGGCACUCCCGUGGAGGCGGACCCUCGGGGAUGGUGGUUCUCUGACGUGGCAGCCCGUAGCUUCAGUGCACAGCAGAAGUGUGAGGUGAGUUUGGGGCUGGACCAGAGUGUGACCACUGUGAGGGACGCUGUUAAGAACCUAGGACCCUUCGAUGGAAUCCUGGGCUUCAGUCAGGGAGCAGCAUUUGUGGCCAUGCUCUGUUCCCUUCAGGAACAAAACCUAGAGCCGGAUUUUCACUUCAGAUUUGCCAUCCUCGUUGCUGGUUUCCGCAGUGCCUGUACGGAGCAUGAGAGGUUUUACGAAAUCCCUCUUCAGAUCCCAUCUCUACAUGUGUUUGGACAGGAGGACAGAGUCAUCCCAGACCACAUGAGUAAAGACCUCCUCCCCGUUUUCAAAGACCCUCAAAUACUGACCCACCCUGGCGGACAUUUUGUUCCAGCUGCAUCUUCUCAUAGGCAAACCUACCAGGACUUCAUCAAGAGAUUUCAAUGAAAAUAUCUGAGACAAAUCUUGAGUAUUGCCUGGAACAAAAACAUCAUCAGCUGUAGCUGUCAUUAACAAAGUUCAAUGGGAAGCUAUUUUAGAUGAUUUACUAUAGAUGUAGGUCUCAUGUCCAAAAUAAUGUAACAGAUUUUUUAUUCUCAGGAAAGCAAAAAUACCUGGACAACUGAGGGAUUACACACACAUCUUAUUCUCAGGAAGCAUUGCUGAAAAAAUAAAUUAUUUGACAAAUAUUUAUUCAGUUUACUUUGGUCAUUGGUCUUGGUCUUGGAUAAGUCUAACCAUAAAUCAAGUUUCUAACAUAACAAAUGUAACAUUUUGACAAGUAGGUGAUUUUUUCGUUUCUAACAUAACAAAUGUAACAUUUUGACAAGUAGGUGAUUUUUUUCGUUCUAAGAAUAUUGCUUUUGUUUUCCUGUUUUAGAAUAUAGAAGUCUUUUAUUCGCUUGUAUUCAAGUAAGAAAGAUGAUAUAAUGCUGGCAUCUAGGUCUGUUGGGGUAAUAAAUUUGAAUUGCGAUAUUGGUU